AAACGCGUAAUGCGAGGUGGUGUUGGUCGCGUGGUGGCGCAUGACGAUGUGUUAAACCGGGCAAAGCAAAGUCAUACGCGGGGCCAGCGCGGCCCGACGCACGCUUGUGAGGCGUAACGUAACGUGGGUAUACGUGCCUCGGUACCACCAACACAUCCUCCUCAAGACCCCGGCCGCGGAGCGAAGCAGGGGAACGAACGGCCGGGCGACUCGCCGCUAGUUACUCGCUAUCGCACGUGCACGUCGCACCGCCAGGUUGUGUAGAUGGUACACGGCCUGCGUUACAUUCGGUUACCUGGGGAAAAAACCAAAUUUCGCUUGGUUCGCGUAGCGAGUAACGCGCGUUAGCUUUGUAAUUUUUUCGCGUAGCGUGACGUACCCUCCCCGCCUCCCGCCUCUUCAUAUUUUCAUUACCUUCCCUGCUCCUCUUCCCUCCUCGUCGACGACAUGCGACGCCGCGUUUCGCGCUACGCAAGCAAAAUAUUUGUGGCCUCUGCAGUUUCAUCCCUUCGUCUCGGUGCCGUUGGUUGGCUCGCGUCGUAGCCGUGUCGCUGCGAGUAGCCGUAUACCUAGGCGGUGGUGGUGGUGGUGGUUAUACGUCGCGAGUGAAAACGCCUGCGAAAGUGAAAGAACGUUAAAUUAGCCGGAGGUAAAAUCGCGACGGCGACGCUGUGCUACGGAAUUUCAUAUACGUAAUUAAUAAAUUCACCGAUACGAAGAGGGAAACUGAUCGGGGGAACCGUCGCGUACCCGUUCGAUCAGCUCGCCUUUUUAUUUCCUCCUCGGAAUUACCUAAUCUCGAUUCGGUCGAAAGUUCUUUCUCGGUGAAUUCCGUGAUUCCGGAGAGCGAAAAACUGACGUGAAAAAGAGCAUGUGCGCGCUCACCGUAACGCGUGGAUAUCCUCUUUCCUGAUAUCCUCCGCACGCUUUCCUUUUCAUCGUCGAUCGAACUUAUGAGCGAUACUCCGUAUAUCGGAUGAUCGGUGAUUAAAAAAAAAAAAAAAAAAAAAAAAAAAAUGCCAGGGGAACGAUUAGUGCACAGGUGCAGUGCUUCGAUGUCCGCGUCAACGUUGGAGUUUUCGGGCGGUCCGCAGGAGAGAAAAAGUCACCGUUCUUCGUUUCGCUGCGCUUUUUUUCAUCGCGAAUAUUAAUCAAUCGCUCCAUUAAUUAUAACCCCGCCUGCGAGUAUCUCGCGUCUCCAGCGCUCCGUGGAGAAGGGAGGGCCGGUGAAUUUGAAAAGCGAAUUACUUCUAUUAAAAAUGCUCGUUUAUCCUGGAAGCAACGAGAGCAUUCUGGGAUAUUUCACCAUCAAAGACUCGCAAGAUGUCGACUUGGACGCUAUACUCGGCGAACUCUGCGCACUCGAGAGGAGAUGCGACGGCGAUAUCGCGGCGACGCCGGCACCCGAUUCCCAGAGACAGGGGAGACCGAACAGCGCCAGAAUCAACACCGCAGAGAAUACGGACAUCGGGAAAAAUGACGGAGGAAUGCGGACCGACAGUCCUGACAACGACAGCGCUUUUUCCGACACCGUCUCCAUGCUAUCGAGCGAGAGUUCCGCCAGCAGCAGCGGAUCUGGACACAAACCACCUCAGAACACGAUGCACACGGUUCCCCAGCAGCAGCCGCAUCACCUCAUGGACGCUGCGGGGCGAGCCAAAGCGGAAAAAAUUCGUUUGGCGCUCGAGAAAAUUCGCGAGGCCAGCGUGCAAAAACUUUUCAUCAAAGCCUUCACUCUGGACGGUAGCGGAAAAAGUCUCCUCGUCGACGAAGGGAUGAGCGUUGCACACGUCUGCAGACUCCUAGCUGACAAAAACCACGUCCCGAUGGAUCCGAAGUGGGCGGUGGUCGAACACCUCCCCGAUCUGUUCAUGGAAAGAGUUUACGAGGACCACGAACUUUUGGUGGAGAAUCUUCUCCUGUGGACGAGAGACUCCAAGAACAAAUUGCUCUUCAUGGAACGUCCCGACAAAACUCAUCUCUUCCUCACACCGGAAAAAUUCCUGCUCGGUCCGUCCGACAGAAGUAGCGCCGAGUACGACGACCAUUCGCGUAACAUACUACUCGAAGAAUUUUUUUCCAGCAGCAACGUCGGGGUACCUGAGGUCGAAGGUCCGCUUUACCUGAAAUCCGACAGUAAGAAAGGGUGGAAGCGGUACCAUUUCAUUCUGCGAGCGUCGGGUCUUUACUACUGGCCGAAGGAGAAGGCAAGAAACGCGAGGGACUUGGUAUGCCUGGCAACGUUCGACGUCAACCAAGUUUACUACGGGGUGGGAUGGAAAAAGAAGUACAAGGCGCCCACCGACUUCUGUUUCGCGGUUAAACACCCUCGUCUUCAGCAGCCAAAAUCGACCAAGUACAUAAAGUUUUUGUGCGCCGAAGACAGCGCCGCUCUCGAACGAUGGAUGAUCGGAAUUCGGAUAGCGAAGUACGGAAGACAACUUAUGGAAAAUUACAGAACCCUCGUAGACGAAUUGGCGCAAGAAGAUCUCGAUCUUUUGGCUCAUGCGCGUUCAUGCUCCGUUAGCUCAAUCGCUACGCCUCCCAAUCAGACUCAGUACAAUACCACCAACGAUAACGCCAGACAAUUCACGGAGAAUUCCAGGCACGUCGUUAACGAGGGCAGACUCAGCAGGGCUAGUAGCUCGAGUUCGUCGGGCUGCAUGUCCGACGGAGCUCCCAGCAGUUGCGAGGUGGCGUUCGAGUGCGGCGAAUUUCCUACGGGUACGAUAAAGCGAAAGCCAUCGAUGAACCCGAAGCUACCGUUGACCUCCAUAACGCGGCAGCUCAAAGAAGUCGGCGAGACCGUCCGCGACGAACCCGACAGUUGUCCGAGUCCGACGAGUUCGGGAUCGGGAACUCUGACCAGGAGGCACAGCCGGCGGAGAAGUGGAACCGACUCGGAUGGCUCGGGAACUCUGAAAAGGCAUCAUAGGUCGGGAAACGCCACCCCCGUCAGUCCCGUGCCACCCGGUACUCCGGUCAGGGAGAGAAAUAGCCCCAUAAUUUACUCCAGGACGGAAAAUAUCGAGCCCAAAACUCCGACUAGUCCAAUCCAGCAGUGUAUGAUGGAUUCAAUAACGUCGCUUCCUCCGCCCCCGUCGCCACCGAGGGGCACCGACGACGCGGAAUUCGACGGUGAACCGCUUCCUCCGCCACCCCCGGAAAUGUUCCGUUCGAACCUCUCCCUGGACAGUCUCCCUCCUCCUCCCGCUCCCGGUGAAAUUCCGACCUGCCACAGUCCCGACUUGACCGGCUCCUCGCUGAGCCUCGCGUCGCUCCCUCCGCCGCCGAGUCCUCUCGUCGGGGAAACUGGUACGAUAAGACGCGCCAGGCCCAAGCAAUCGACCCCAACAAAUUCGCUUUCCCCCGACGUUACGCCCACGCGCUCGCCCAGACCCGGAAUUCAGAUUUACGCGUCGCAAAACAACGGGCAAAUUUAUCCCGGUAGCCCCACGCUCCACGGCUCCAACGGCACCGGCAGCUCGAACGGAUCGAACUGCUCGACUCCGACGAAUUCCUACACGACGACGAUGGCACCGACAUCGCCUACCACUCCGAGUACGCCCACGUACGGGAAUCCGGGGUCUCCUUGCUUCGCCGCGGUUCCUCCCCCCUUCGUUCCACCCCCGGCUUACGGGACGCAGCAUAAUUCCAUUCCAUCUAGGCAAAACUCUAAAAACGAAUCCAUCUACGGAGGGUCCCUUCAAAUGAGUGGUAGCCAACCGAUCAGGCCGAAUCCGAACAUGGACACCGUACGCAGGAGCGCUCUCAAGCAGGGGAGCGGCCAUUACGCAGCCCCGCCGUACCUCGCCGAGCUUAAAGCCGCGUCGAGUCCUCAGCCGCAGAGGAGGGUCACGAUCCAAGAACCUCCGACGUCUCCCAAGGCGAAAACUGGUACCGGGAAGAAGAUAUCCUUCAAUUUACCCCCGCAGCAGGAACCCGGGAGUCCGGCGCUCCCUCAGAGGAAACCGAUGCCCCCGAGGAGGUCGGACAGCACGAAAUUAACGUCACCGAAGAAACUCGCGGCAUCCGACCAAGCGCCGCCCGGGGACUUCCUCAAAGACCUCCAGAGGGUGAUGAGGAAAAAGUGGCAGGUGGCGCAGAAGUGCAAACUCGACACAACCACAACGCCCCACGAAGUUCUCGGAUUUCGGGAUCCUCCGCCCGCCAUUGCCGACUACAGGGAGACAAACGUAUCGAAUUGGGUCCAGGAACACUACGGGGCUGACAAUCUUUACGAAAAUGUCUACGCGACGGACCCGAACGCCCCGGUAGAGUACGCGAACAGUCCCACGAGGCACGCGGGUGGCGUCAGGUUCGCGGACGAAGUCAAUACGAACAAUAUCGCGAACGCGAUCGCUGGCAAGAGGCGCCCACCCCCACCUCCUCCCAAGAGGGCCGACACCACUCACCUCACGACGAGGGCCAUGCACUGACAAUAGCCAACGAUCGAAUCUCGCUUAGAAGAAGAAACGCCGGGGGAAGAUCGUGUCCGUCAAUGGUGGAGAUGCUGUCUCUGCACCUCGUGGAAACAUUGAUCCGAUUUCGCCGGUUCACCGGUGCUCGUUUCAGGGCUCGUGAUAAUUAUCACUGCCAUGUGCCACUUGUAGGAGUACACGAGUCUUGAUUCGAGCGACGAUCGAAGCCCCCUGGAAACAUUGGACUUGCCGUAGAAAAUUUGUAAAUGGCAAAGCGCGCAAUCUUCUUCCUGUAAGCGAGAGAACAGAUCGACGGGAAGGACGAGGUGAUUACAGGAUUUCGGUACUCUCGACGCAGAGAUACCUUUGUAUACUUCAUCUAACACGUAGAACAUCAAGUUUUUUUUUUUUUUUUUUUCUAAUCAAGGUGCUUUACAAACGUUAUAUAGUUACACUCUUAUACACUGUGACUCUUCAUACAAAAUUAUUCGUAUAAGAAAAAAAAAACAGACAAACAAACACAAAAUAGAAGAAAACGAAAAAAAGAAACUCAUACGUUGAUAAUUUGACGCAACAUCGCACAACCGUUCUGUGGAGCUACAAAGUGUUCCGGAAUUUCAUUCAUUAGUCGUUCGUAUCGGUGUAGAAGAAAAAUGCAAAAAAUUCUGGGUAUUCCAGCGUUGACUAUCAACCGGUGCCAAAACAGGUAGUGAGGAAUGCCUCUAGUCUCUGGGAGCGCGAUAUUUCCGUUGGAUUAAUUUUUAUUACAGAGAGUAAUAAUUUCGGUUGAUUACAUUAUUUUCCGGACCACAUUCUACCAUCGAGGAGACGCACGAUUGCAUCAUGCGCGAUAUUUACCGCCGUUUACGACACCCUAGAGUCCGAAUGAUUAACGGAUUAUGGAUAUGAUAGGCUAGAUGAAUAUAGGUGGACUUCGAUGUGUCGUUUAUAAGUUUGUACGCGUCGCGUCCGUACGUUGGGUAGUUUUCGCGUCGCAUUUGCUGAACUCCGUUAACGAGUAUACCUACUACGCGUUUAAUAUACCAUAAUAUACGAUUACUAUCGGACAGUUUUUACAACCAAGAUCUCGUUUAUGCCAUUUUUUGAUAACGAUAUACAUAAAUAUCUAGUUAGAGAAAAUACCGAAUAACCAAUAUGCAUCGUGAAUAAAUUCGGAAUACGUAAGUUAGUAAAGCGGAUAAAAAAAAAAAUAUAUAUAUAUAUAAUUAUAUAAAAUAACGUAAAGAUAAAGGAUAAACCCAACCGUACCUACCUACCUACUCGUAAAACUCGUAUACCUACCUACAACUACAUAUUGUAUGUGUAGUAUGUCCACAAAUUUUUUUAUACGCGUAUCGUAUAUUCCCCUAUGCUGGAUAUACGUGUAUUCGUAUAAUUAUUUGUGCGUAUGUGCCGUGCGCCUGUUUAAUUAACAGAGGAGGAAUUCGAGGGAAUAAUUUACGUACACACACAUACCUAUAUAUAGUUGUAAUAGUAAAUGUGCUGCUCUGCUGAUUGUUCGAAUGUCAUAGGUAAAUGACCGUAUUGCAACUGUAAAACUAUCCAUAUUAUAUUCAGUAUCGAUCAAGGACUAUAAUUGCAUGUAAUUCAGAGACGCUCGGUGAUUUGAUAUUAAAUUUGAUGUACGUGCAAUUGUACGUGCCCUUCGAAUUUCGCAAAUGAUGAAAAAAAAAUGGAAUUUCUACUGUACGAAAGGAAAAAAUCUUUCAACGGUGAGAUGGUUCUUUUCGAAAAUGUUAGAGCGUACACGUUCUAUUUACGGCCAAAGUACUUUUCGCGCCUUGCAUGAUAAAAAUUAUGUCGGGGAUGCAUCAGGAGGAAAAUUAACGAAUUCCGAAUUCCGAAUUUCAGUUUUACGUUUCAAGUUAUCUCGUACACUACAAAAAAGGUACAUAAUAUUAAUAAAUAAUGACGAAGAACCGACGAUUUGCUGAUAAUAAUUAACAGAUACCGUGCACUCGCGUAAAGGUGGAAACGACCUGCGUGUCGUAGGUUUUGAUUAAUUUACCCGCAUACAUAAUAAAUACAUAAUUAACGCGUAAUUAGGAAAAUGCGAAAAAAAAAAUAACGAUAUUUAACAUGAAAAUAAACUCUAUUUAUUAGCCAACGACCACAGUAAUGAGAUUUUUUUAUGUGUCGAUCGAUGAGAUAACUCGACACGAUUAUUAUACGUAUGAUGUAAUGUAUAGACCGCCGAAUUGUGAGCUCACUUUCAUUACCUUUGUACGAAUAUAAAUUUCGACGCAGUCCAUUUAUUCAUUCACUUAUCGUCAUCCUCGUGGUUGCUUCGCUACCUUUCAUUCGAUGCCGGUCUGACGAUAUCUUUUUGAAAAUUUUUUCAAAUCUCAUAAGGUAAGGUAAUCGGGGUCGAUUGAAAUUUUCUUUUCGUAAACUUUUUUAGGCGAAAAUUCCUCUAGGUAAAAUUUCAGCUUCACGAAGCGUGGCGUCUCGCAACCUGUCCAAGGAAUGAAUCCGCUUCCGCGAUCUAGACAAAUAAUGUUCCCUAAGAUUUGAAUAAAUUACUAAAGAGAAAUAUCGAAUUAUUGAAAUUGAUAGCGAAUGAAAAUUUUAAAUGAAUUGCUCGUUGGCGAGCACAUAGUGCAAUUGGCAGACAUUGUUUGAAUUCUGAAUUAUAUUAUUGUAAACGAAAUUUUUUAUUACAUAUAUCGUAUCUUUUUAAAUUAUAAUUAAGUUGUACGUAUGUUUUUGUAAAUAUUGUAACGAAUGGUACUACGAGAAAAAUUUUUAUUGAAAAUAUUAUAAUUGAUUAAUAUAAACACACUAUUUAUGAAUGAGAGAAAAAAUAACAAAAAAAAAAAAAAUAACAAAAAAAUCGUACACAUCAAAAAUAUCGUUUGUCACAAUUUAAAAAAUUGUUUUCACAAGACGUUUGACCAUUACAUACCAUCCAUUACGAGCUACACCUCAUUUGUGCUUUCGAAUUACCUUGUAAUGCUUUUUCGAGCCUAAAGGCAAACGGUAAUAAUUUCGCCACAUUUUUAUUUUUAUAAUUGUGACAAUACUUUUAUUUUGAUAUUCAGCGCCCAUUAUUAUAUGAGUACGAAUACAGAAAAAAUGCGCGGCAGUUAAAAUAUUGUAGGUAUUAUAUUCAUGUUUUUAUGUAAAUAAAUUUUUCGUAUAUUUCA